ACCGGGCAACAUGAUUCUGUGUGCGAAUGCAUGACUAUAGUUAUAAACACCGGUUGCUUACAUUAAGCAUACUUAGGUAUCAGAGCUUGGUGUAUAAGUCAAAAAUCGCUCAUCCAGACCAAGACUAUAACAAGAGCCGAGAAUGACUCUUGGAUAUGCUGCGCACUUAGUGCGGCCAGACUAGACGGGCCAGUGUAAUCAUAGAUGACUCCCGGUUUCGCCGCAUGCCCCGCGCAACAAAAAAGUUCCCCGCGACCGUUGACUUGAACUCGACACUUGAAAUCCCCGCGUUAAUACUUCAGCAAUGGCACCAAAAAAUACGGCAUUCGACCUGCAGAAAUGCGCGCGACACAACAUUCUCGCGUUGGAGCCGUACCGAUGCGCGCGCGAUGACUACAAAGACGACGGAACCAACAUUCUCCUCGACGCGAAUGAGAACGCGUACGGCCCGGGACUUUCAUUGACGGGAGAGACCAAAUCAAAAGUCAAUGGCGCAUCCGACUCACCGUAUGCGAUUGACAUUGAUCUACUCGGUCUGAACCGCUACCCAGAUCCCCACCAAGAAGAACUCAAGCAGCUGCUAUGCAAUCUCCGAAACACGCACACGCACACAUCGAAGAAGAUCACACCGGCCAACCUAUUUGUUGGUGUGGGCUCGGACGAAGCUAUUGAUGCGCUGAUCCGCGCCUUUUGCGUCCCAGGCAAAGAAAAGAUCCUCACAUGUCCACCCACAUAUGGCAUGUACAGCGUAUCGGCGCAAGUCAACGACGUUUCGCUUGUCAAGGUGCCCCUGCAAACACCCAGCUUCGACCUCGAUGUGCCCGCGAUCCUCGAUGCGCUGGACCAAGACAAGAAUAUCAAGCUAGCAUACCUGUGUUCGCCGGGGAACCCAACAGGCAAGCUGUUGAAAAAGGAAGACGUCCAGCGUGUCCUAGAGCACCAAUGGAACGGUGUCGUAGUGCUAGACGAAGCAUACAUUGACUUCUCGCCCGACGGCACCAGCCUGGCGGAAUGGGUAUCUGAAUGGCCGAACCUUGUGGUCAUGCAGACGCUCUCCAAAGCCUUUGGCCUCGCCGGUAUCCGUCUGGGCGCUGCAUUUGCCGACCCGGCAAUCGCCCAGAUUCUAAACAACAUGAAGGCACCGUACAAUAUUCCCAAUCCCACCAGUCAGCUCGCACGCGCUGCUCUGUCCCCAAAACACUUGGACGUCAUGCACAAGAAUCGCAAUGCCAUUGUAGAGCAGCGUGACCGCAUGAUUCGCGAAUUGCCAAAGAUUGCGGGCGUUGGUGCUCUGCACGGCGGCACAGAGUCGAAUUUCCUGCUCUAUCAGAUUCUCGAUGCACCUGCGGAACAGGGCGGCAAGCCGUCAAAUGAGACUGCGCUGGCAGUGUACGAGGGGCUAGCAGAGGAGAAGGGUGUGGUAGUUAGGUUUAGAGGCAAGGAGCAUGGCUGCUUGGGAUGCCUAAGGAUAACGGUGGGUACGGAGAAGGAAGUGGAUCGGUUUUUGCAAGAGCUUCAAGCUGUUUUGAAAGCGAUCCAUCAAAGAACGCGCAAGUUGGGAGGCAAGGACGAGGAGCGGAGAGAGAAGGAGGCGAGUGAUGUAGUAGCAUAAGGUUUCGAUGAGACGUAGAUGAGAGCUGGAUAUAGCAAUUCGGAUCUUUCCGUGGCAAGGUUGCAGUCGCAAGAAAUGAUCGACAUGACCGUUUGUUUGCAUGUCUCGGGUAGAUAAGUUUUAACUUUUGUGCCGCUCCUUCGUUGAACAUCAUUCCGCCCGCACGUCCACAUCCUCAUACAUCCAUGUCUCGUCGCCCCCACCGCAUGGAGCAUACAAGUACUUUCUGAUACCUCCGUCUUCAAAUACGGGCAUGACAUCGCGCUCCGCCACCUUCAUGGCCCACAUGAUGAUCCUCGCGCCCAGGUGCUCAGUCCGACCAUUGAUAAACACAGGCGCUGUGCUAUCAGCUGGU